UUGGUAGUUCGUGUUCAUAUUGCAAAUAAUUUUUGUGAAAUAAAUGGUUAGGGCAGAACUGUAACAAUGUUUUUAAUUUGUAAGAGAUCAAUAUCUUAAAACCUGCUUAUUAGACGACUUCAAAAUGCUAAUGGGACGUAGUCGCACACCAUCGCCAGGAAGACGAAGAGAUCGAUCUCGGGAACGAGAACGUGACAGAGACCGGCGAAGAAGACGAUCACGAGAGAGAAGACGAAGAUCCGUAGAACGAGAUAGAGCGAAGUCGAGAGACAGAGACAGGGAACGAGACCGUGAGCGAGAGAGACAUAGAAGGUCAUACACCAGAUCUAGAUCAAGAGAACGUGAUAGAUCAAAACAUAGGUCAAAACCAAAACCUUCCACAAAUGAACGACCUAUUAUCACAGAAGCGGAUCUUCAAGGAAAAACACCGGAGGAACAAGAGAUGAUGAGAAUAAUGGGAUUUUGUGACUUUGAUACUACUAAAGGAAAGAAAGUAGAUGGAAAUGAUGUGGGCGCUGUUCAUGUCAUUUUGAAGAGAAAAUACAGGCAGUACAUGAACAGAAAGGGUGGAUUCAACAGACCUCUGGAUUUCGUUGCAUAAUUUGUUAAUUUCAAGUGACAUUUUGUUUAACAUAGGAUUGCAGACCAGUUCUUAAAAAAAUAUCAGCGAAAUAGCUGCAAUAUGACCAUGAAUGAUAUGACUAAUGUGUUGCAUGUAUUAUAAAGCAUUAUAUUACGCUUCAUAAAUUAAACAUUGUGUAAUAAAAUAUUUAUAUUUAAUGU